AUGAUGCUGAGUCCAGAUCAGACCGAUCCUGACCUGAUGUGGGCUCAGUCUGACCCGGAAACGGUGCUGAACGUCAUUAAAGUAGAGUGUAUGCCCAAGGAGUCUCUUCUGGCGGACGGGAAACAGCGCGCGCUCGCGCCUCCCGCACUGACCCGCGAGGAAAAGCGGCGGAGGAGGCGCGCGACCGCCAAGUACCGACUGGCGCACGCAACGCGCGAGCGCAUCCGCGUCGAGGCCUUCAACGUGGCGUUCGCCGAGCUGCGGAAGUUACUCCCUACACUCCCACCCGACAAGAAGCUCUCCAAGAUAGAGAUCCUCCGUCUGGCCAUAUGUUACAUAUCUUACCUGAAUCACGUGCUGGACGUGUGA